AAUCACUGAGUGAUUGGAUUUGAUAAGUUUACCAUCUUAUGGCGCAAACCAAUGAUCUGUCUCCACACUUUGUCUGGAGCUGGAGUCAAGUUUUCAUGCAACCGUCCUUCCAGCUCUCUCAAAACCUCAGCAUUUCGAUGAUUGGAUUUCUUCCCAUGAAGUUAGUUUUGGUAUUGAUACAAGCACAUUGAUGACUACAUUCUGAGGAUCUGCAGGGCUUUCUAGUCAUCCUACCGACGACGUUGUCUUUCUUUGAUCCAUCUGUCUGCCAGAGGAAUCAUCUGGGACAAAUGUUUCGUUUGAAAUGAGCUAGACUUUCAGUGACUUUAUUCAAAACCAGAGCUUUCCUUUUACUUUAGAAGUGUAGGAGGCUUUCAGGAGCCAUUUUUCUUUUGUGUUAAAGAUAUGCAGUACAUCUACAUAGCUUGCUUGUUUGCUCAGUGGAAGUUUGGAUCAUUCCUUUCCAGAACACUGUUUCCUCUUCAGAAGUACUGAAGGGAAAUAUUGAUGAUUAUUAAAUCUUGUUCUUACCGGCAAUCUUAAUCAACAAAUUGUGCAUAUUUGAACAGUUAAACUACGAUUCUUAAUACUUAUUUAUCUUCAGAAUUAUCAUUCGUUAUGUUUUUAUCAAAGAUUCAUGCCUGUAUAAUGGAUGAAUUUAUAACCAAGAUCCGCGAUACACGGCUUCUUGACGAUUACCCCGAUGACAAUCUAGACCCGCCCACCACUCCAGCGUACAACCCUUGGCCCCUGGAUGACGACACCUCUCCCAUCAUGGCUGACCCUUUGAGCGGCGAGAUCUUGGUUACGGACUUACAGAACAAGGACACCACUAAAUCCGAUGACAAUGAAACACUUGACACGACAGAUCAAGAAGUGGAUGACCCCACUUCAUCAGAGGACGAUGGCGACAUCGAUGAUGAGGAAGCCGAAGAUUUAACAGAGGAGUUUGAGAAGGAGAGAACGAAAGAAGAUGUGUCUGCAGAUCACCAUGGUGACGGAGAUGCAAAGAAGGAUGAUGAUGGAGAUGAGGCUUUGAUCCCUAGGAUAGACGAUGAUAUUGAUGAAGAACAAUCGGUUAAACAAGAAGAUGAUAUACACAUAGAGGAGGAAAAGGAUGAGCUGGAAGAUGAUGAAGAGGAGGAGGAAGAAGAAGAGAAGCUUGAUGACAAGGCAGAAGAUAAGGACGAAAAUGAUUCCAGUGUAGAUACCAAAGACGAUGAUGUUGAUUCAAGAACAUGCCCUGUGCAAAUAACAGUAGACUCUAGUGAAGAAACCCCUGAUAACACUGAUAGCACCAUGGUUACAGAAGGUGCCACAGUUACAGAUGGAAAAACAACGCAAUCAGAGAGCAAUGAAGCAGGUAAAGCAGAGAACAAACCACAAGAAAAGAAGAAAGAAAGUGUUCCAGAUUUUGAAACAUUCCUAGCAGAACUGGGGGUAGAUCCCAAAGAUACUCUUGACAUCGAGGCCCAAAAGUCUCGGGCUAGACUGAGUAGAGUUGGUCCCCUGGCCCAGAGAAGGCCUAAGACUAAACGUUCUUCAGGAGGGGAUGAAGACGGAUCUAAAUGGAUGUUCGUUGAUUCAACAGAACCUAGACCGCAUAGAUUAAGUAUAGAUGAAGAGGAGGAUGAGAAGGUAGAGGUAAAGACCCCAGUCAAGGCACCUGCUCCUCUACCGGCCAGUAGACCUGGUGUGAAGAAACCUCCAGGAGGGAUAGGACUAGGUCCCAUGGUGCUUCCAGGUCUUGGAUCAGUUCUCGGGGGUUCCAAGCUUAAAAAAACACCAACCAGUACACCAAAUAAGACCUUCCAGAAGUCUAUAGAAGAAUCCAAAGUGACUGCCUCAAAGUCAGAACCAACGAGAACAACGCCUCUAUCAUCUCUGAAGAAAACACCUCCCCCUACAUCAAAGGCUCCUCCCCCUGCAGCCUCCAAGCCCCACCUCAGCAGACCUAAACCACUGGCUAAGCCACGCCCAGUAUCACAGGCCAUGCCCACAAAAGAACCUGCUCAGCCUGCAUGGUUAAAGGAACUGAAGUCCAAACCAAAGCCUGAAGUGAAGGAAACGUCGAAAGAGGAAGAGAAACCCAACUCAGAUAUUCUCCAUCCUAAGACGACAUCCUCAGAGACCACACCCAAAACACCAUCCUGGAUGGCAAACAGCAAAACAAAGAAACUGCCUCCCAUUCCGUCUUCAUCUAGUACACCCAAGCAAGAAGCAGAAACAUCAACACCAAAUGUACCUCCAUGGAAGCAAGAAUUAAUGAAGAAGAAGAAACCGCCAGCACCCUCACCACCAAGCAAUGUGAACAAGUCACCAGUCAAGUCUCAAAACCUGCCAAAGUCACCUACCAAAACUCCACCUGCUAAAACUCCAGCAAAGCCCCCCGUUGCCAGAAAACCAGGCCUCCCUGUAAAACAAGAUGAGAGCGUUGAUAAGGGCUCUCCAAAACCAUCCAAUGAGGUUAGCACCGAUAAGGUCUCUGCCAAGCCAACACAGAAGCCUAGUUCAGACAAAAGCUCAGUGCUUAAGAGAGAAGAUGAAGGGAGGGACGAGAUGGACUCCAAGAAAAUCAAACUUUCUCAGAGUAUGGAUUCUACACCAGAUGAGGAAAAGAUGGAAGUGACGCAAGAGGUGACAACAGAAGAAACUCCGAAGCAAAGGCUGGAGGAUAGCGAGGAGAAGGAUGACUGCCAUGGAAAAGAUGUCGAGAUGAAACCAGAAGAAGAAGAGAAGGAGGAAGAAAAAGAAGAGAAGGAGGAAAAAGAGGAAGAGGUGAAAGUUGCAAACGUUGAAGAAAAGAAAAUAAUUAUUUUAACCAAGGAUGAAAAUUCUGAAAUGGAAGAAAGCAAACCAUUAAAACCCAAAGAGCAUAAAGAAACCAUAGUUACAAUGAAUGGCAACAGUAAAGAUACUGUUAAAGAAAAGCAGGAUGAGGAGGAAAAUAAGAAGGGAGGGGUAAAUGUAGAAAGGAAGAAAGAUGAGAAAAAUGUCAAGAAACCUGCUGUCAUCAUUCCAAAACCAAAAACAGAUAAACCAAAAAUUGAAAAGGAAGAUACCAGCCCAGUGAAACCUGCUCUGAAAACAGGCUCUAAAAACGAAGAGCUGAAAGAGGAGAAAAUGCCAGAGAAGAAGGUCACCAUUGUGACGAAAUCCGAUAGCAAGGUGGAAGGUACCAAGAAAAUAGAACAAAAGAAGGUGACUAUCGAGACCAAGACUGAGGAUAAGAACAGUGAUGACUCGAGCAUGCCCAAGUGGAAGCGGGAAGCACGGGAGAGGAUGCAGAAGCGAAAGAUGUCCGGAGGCAGCAUUGUUCCCAUGAGGUCACCCAAAGAAACAAUAGAGACCACGAACAACAACACUCCACAAUGGAAGAAAGACCUGGUAGAAAAGAGGAAACUAUAUCCUAGGAUGCCCUCUCUAGACAGCGAAGAAAAGGGGACUGUAGAGUCACAGAAAUCAGAGAAGGUGCUCAAGAGACACACAAUAGCAGCAGAUGUUCCAAAUAUCAGUGUGCCAGUAGGUCAUAAAACAGGCACUCCAACAUGGAAACAAGAACUUGAAAAGAGGAAUGCUCGUCUGGCCAAACAUCUCGCAACCAAGGAUGCAGGUCCAGGGAUCAAGACUCCUAUUGAUGGUGUAAAUCAGCAGCCAGUUCCUGAGCUCUCUAAAUGAGCGAGACAAGGAUUAGUACAAAGCUUCUUAUACAGGGAUUCAGGAAGAAGUCUUACACAAGAAGAGGAAGUAUGAAAGAUCACCCCCACACAGGAAUAAUGGUUUGAUCCAGUUAAUGUAGCGAAGUGUUAGUGUGGCAUGAUCCAAGUGUAAGGUUGGGGUGUGUGGUCAAGGGAAAUUGUUCAUCGCUCUUAGAAUAUAUUUUUAUAAUCAUUGUUAAUAGCCGAGUUGAUUGCAGUGAGCUGCUUCAGGAGUUCCAUUUGAAAGACAAAUAUUUCAAGGAGUUGCAAUCAAUUUUAAGGAAAUGAAAUUGAUUUUGAUAAAUAGAAUUUUAAGAGUGAUGAACACCAUCCCAGAUGUAAUGAAAGAAAUAAUAUGGGAACCAAAAACUGUGCUGUUAACCUAGCUUUGUUAAUGAAAUCUCUAUCGCUUCAUUCCUUUAUUUAUUCCUCACAUCUUAUGGACAGCUUCUUGAUGUAUAUGUCAUUAAGAGAGAAACUAUUAUCAUAAGAAAUAUUGGAGGGACCAAAACAGUCCAUAUAAGAACAAUCUAUCAGAAAAAAUAUUUAUGAUUAAUUUAGUGUGAUUACUGUGAAUCAACAGGAAAAUUAUGAAACCUUGAGAAAAGAGACAAAGUGCACCAUUGAUAUCUUAAUGUGAUAGUACACUGUUUUAUCAAGGGUUAAGUGUGAAAUGCAACCAGAUUACCGGGUAUUAUUAUUUUUUUUUACCCUUAUGUGGGAAUGCAGUGUGGUUUGGCAGAAAAUCAUUAGGUUUGUCUCGGUGUGUAGCUUUCAGUGUUUUAUUUGUUCGGGGAAAAAUGAGCAUUUUGUGAUUAUGCAGGAUGCAUGUUAACAGUUUGAUGUGAUUAUCAUCUGCAAUGGAUAACUCGUUGCUUACUGGUACCAGAUGGUCGUUGAACAAAGCCUCUGGGAAUUGCGGAGUUCAGUAGUCAACAAGCUAACCCAUUGCCUAGUGAAACCAGAUGAUGCCUGUACUAAGCCAAUUGGAAUUGUCGACUUCAGAAGUGAACUGGUUUAGUUCUGAGCUCUUCUAUUCCUGCGAUGUAUUACAGAGAAAUGGUUGCAUAAACAAUGCAUUGCCGACAGAGGAUAUCCAGGGGUGCAGGAGGUAUCCCAUUUACCUUGUACAUGUCACUGUAUGACCUUGUAUUGUUGUGUAUAUUGUGCUAGAGAUUAUAUUAAUUUCAAAUGUGAUUCUUCUCAUGGUCCUCCAGGGAUUAGGUCAGGGUCAGAUAUGUACAAAAUGUGUAUAGAUAUAUUAUGCAUCAAGCCAUUUACAUGCAGAAGUCCAUCUCCAGUUGAAAAGAAAUGAAAUUUGCCUGUUCAAAUUUUUAAAGAUAAUUAUGUUCUCAUCUAUACAAAAUUCAUUUCUUUUCUUAUGUUUCAAUGUAAGAAGUGAAGAAAGACAAAACAAAAAUAUGUCGAGGUAUCAUAUUUCUGAAGUCAAUUUUCUAAAUAAUGGGUAUUUAACCUUUUGUAUUUCUAUAUUGUAACUUUUUUCAUACUGGACAGGACCACGCCCCUGAUAUAUAGGAUCCCUGAUUACAUUUUUUUUUUUUUUUUGAGGAAGAGUCAGAUUGUUAGGUCCAAUAUGGCGUUUUCUGUAUUAGGUUAUUGUAUUAACUAUUUCAAUAUUCUUCAUUUAUGGUGUUUUGGGUGUAUUUGCCAUUUCUUCGCUCUGCUGCCAGUGUUUUUUUUUUUCCUCAAGUUAGAUGUAAAAACUCCUGCCAUUGACCAACGGAAAACUGAGCUGUAUUUUUACCGUGUUGAAAGGAUAUUAAACAGCACUUUUUAAGAAAAAUACCACUGCCUUAUAUUCAAGAUAAGGGGCUGAACACGACAAUUUAAUUUUUCAAAUUUUUUUUAUUAAAAAUUGUUUGGUAUGUCACUUGCUUCUUUUUACCAUUGAUUGUCAGCAACACUGUUUGCAUUUUUCUUGUUAAUCUUGUUCUCUCAUUUGUCACUCUUCUUAUAUUGUCAAAUUUGCCUAUUACUUUUAUAAAUUGCAAACUAUGCCAGAAGCAUGGCCCCACAUGUUCAUGUAGAUACACAGCACUAAAUGAAUUACUGCCAGUUUAUAUCUGAAUAUUGCAAGGCGUGUAGAAAGAAAUGUAUCAUCUAGUAUACUGGGUAUAUAUA